ACAAUGGCGUCGCCGCCAGCAUUGGGACGCUGUUAGGUUCGUUCAGCACCAGGACGACAGCUCUGCACUGACACGUUGUCCCUUCCCUCCCUGCCUUGGCUACUGAGUUCAGCGCCGGCAAUAGAUUUGCAGCAAAGCCGCUAGCUGAUCUAUUUGACUAAAACAAAGUUUCUUACUUUGCAUUGGAUCACAGGGUCAAGAAAAAGCGCAGCAGAAGGAGAAGAGAGGGUUUCCCGCGGUCAAAGUCGCCCCUAGCGCUGAGAUCCAUAUGAUGGACAAGAGCACUCCCGUGGAUAACCAUUCCGAGGCAAACCCGGCUACUUCAAGCGGAGAUGCGCCAGGCAACCCCGAGGCUAACCAGAGCGUUAACCAUGGUGCGAGCAAUGUGAGUUUGAGGCCAGGUGGGGGCUCGUCCGUUUCACUGCGCCCAGGAGGGGGAGUGUCAUUACGCCCGUGGGGAGGGGUCUCUCUGAGACCUGGAGGCCCCAGUCUUAGUGCGGGGGCCGUGCGACAGGCAGCACCAAGCAAGGCGCAACAGGUUGAUGACCUCGGCCCGUCUCCAGCAGAGCAGAGGGCCCCUGGCAGCACUGACAGGCACCGGUACAAUCAGUCUGAGCUGCUGAAGCUGAAAGAGGUUUCCAAAGGGAUCCCCAAGGAGCUGCUCUCAGCCGGCCUUGCGCUGCUGAGGGCUGAUGGACAAUCCCAGGCAGAUGGCAACUGGAACACCCGACGAGACCUCGGACCCGCUCCCCCCACAGCCCCUGUGGCCGAUGACAGGGACUGGAAGGCUAGAACUCCACUUCCCCCCCCGCCCCCGGAGCAGGCGGAGCAAAACGGAGUUGCCCCCAGGCCGGCCACCCCCCAGGAUAAGCGGGGGCCGAAGCAGGGCGGAAAGGGUGGAAAAGGUGCAAAUGGCGAGGGGCGAGUUGAGACGAGGCAGCCGAUUGAGGCGCCAAGGCCGCAGCCUCAGGCGGCCGGCCCCGCCCCCGGAAUCGUCAAGACGGCGAACCCCUGGAAGGCGGGUGGCGUGCAGGACCCCAGCGAGAAGCUGUAUAAGACAGUCAAGGGUGUGCUCAACAAGCUGACGCCCGACAAUUACGAGAAGCUGUUCAACCAGAUUGUGAGCGCGGGGAUCAGCAACGCUGACAUGCUCCGAGGCGUCAUCAGCCUGAUCUUCGACAAGGCUGUGCUCGAGCCGACGUUCUGUCCCCUGUAUGCGGAGCUGUGCGUGAAGCUGUCCAAGGCGCUCCCCGAGUUCAACGAGGGAGAGGACAAGCCCGUCACCUUCCGGCGCGUCAUGCUCAACACGUGCCAGGAAGAGUUUGAGGCAGCGGAGAGCCUCCGGGAUGAAGUCAAGAGGAUGACGAAAACGGAGGAGGCUGCCGAGCGCGCAGAUAAAGAGCUGACGGUGAAGCGGCGCACAAUGGGCAACAUCAAGCUCAUUGGAGAGCUGUACAAGCAGAAGAUGAUUCCUGAGAAGAUCGUCCAUGCGUGCCUGCAACAGCUGCUGGGCGACCCCAAGGCUGAGCCCGUUGAGGAGAAUACCGAGGCGCUCGUGCAUCUCCUCACCACGGUCGGCAAGCAGCUGGAGAUGAAGCCCAACAGUAAGAAGUUUGUUGGGGAGUACUUCGAGUCCCUCAAGACGCUCCAGACGAAUCGCAAGCUGCAGACGCGCAUCCGCUUCCUCGUGCGCGAUCUGAUUGAGAGGCGCGCCAACAACUGGGUGCCGCGUAGGGAAGAGCUGAAGGUGACGACGACGAGCAACAAGUCGCUAGAAGCGCAGUUCGGGCUGAUCCCGCCCAAGGGAAUGAGGGACGGUCCCCUCUUCCCCGAGGGACCCUCACGUGGCCCGGUUGUGCCACCUGUCCCGGUGGAAGAUGGUUGGGAGGUCGUCGGGCUGAGCGGAAAGCGCGCCCCGAGGCUGGCGAAUCUUCCGGGCGCUCCCCCGGCCAUUCCCCCGGUCUCUACUGGGCCUCCGACUCUGCUGCCGGGAAUGGGCCCCCAACGUAUUCCGCCCCCACAACAAUUUGCCGGUAAAAGCAGUGCUCUCAUUGGCAGCGGCCCUGGAGCAAGGCCCAACCCUCCACCAGCCCGCAAGGAGCCCACUCCCGAGCCGAAACCCGCCCCGGUUAGCGCCCCGAUUAGCGAGAAACCCGCAGCCAAGAAGGAGAAGCCGCUGUCCGACGAGGAGAAGGAGGAGCAGCUCGUCAAGAAAACGGACUCGUUCCUUAAGGAGUACCUUUCAGCGGCUGAUAUCAAGGAGGCGGCGCUGUGCGUGACGGAGCUGAAGACGCCGUCUUACCACUCAACCAUCGUCCAGACCGCGGUCAACCUUGGGUUCGAAGGCAAGGACCGCGACAGGGAGCUCGUCGGAAAGUUGCUGCCGGGACUGGUUGCGCAAAAGGCUAUCACUGCCGAAGAACUAGAGGCGGGCUUCAUGGCUCUCGCCGAGCAGUUAGACGAUCUAGCUAUCGACCUCCCGAAGGCUCCCCGCUACCUGGGUGACUUUGUCGGCAAGGCAAUUGCGGCGGGUGCGAUGAACCUUUCUUCCAUAAAGACGGCGAGCGAAAAGGCGGAGGAUGUGCGCGCGCGGCGGCACUUUGCGGCGGCCGCCCUCCAAGCGUUCAAGAAGGACAAGGGCGAGGGCGCGCUUUUCAAGGCCGGCAAGGAACUAGACCUGAAGAGCUUUUUGACGGACGACAUGGAGGGGCCCCUGGACGAGUUCCUCAAACAGGAGAAUCUGUCUAUCUUGGCGUAGAUUGGCCCCCACGCCUUGUUGACAAGCUUCAUUAGUCCAUCAAGUUCAACGUACACCUUUCGUUGAAGUAUACUUAGCAGGACGUAAGCUUGCAAGGAAGACAGAAACUGCUCAUUGUUUUUGAUAUGCAUGUGAGCAGCGACCGUACAACACCAUGCCCCUAUGUGCCAAACGGAGAUCCUUCGCAAUCGCAAAGGCAACUCAGACUAAAAAAAUUUGGACUCCU